AUGCAGAAACGUCAACAAGGAUAUAUACAACUUUCGAAUCCGACUUCUUUGACGGAAUCUUCCGCUCAAAAGCCUUCUGUUAUAGAUCCACAAACCGAACCUCAAGUUGGCGGAAGAGCCAGGGUAAAAUCGAAACAGCCUAAUAGAACCACAAAGACUUCUCAAAAACUAAAACUUUUUCCAGAAGAACAAACUAAUGUUGAAGAAACGAAUGAUGGAAAAUUCAAUCAAACCGGUCAACUUACACAGGGAACUGCUAGAAGAGAAGCUGAAAGACUUAGCAAACAAGAACGACUUAAACUUCCCCGGGUCACUGCAUAUUGCACCGCUGCCAUAUAUACUCCGUUUUCCUUUCGUCCUCCUAAACCACCAACUGCUGAUCUUUUAGGUAUCGAGGAUUCUGUAAUCCUUCCUCAAGAACAGGACAAUGAAACUCCUGAAGUUAUUUUCUUUGAUUAUGGUGUUGUUGUCAUCUGGGGUAUGAAAGAAGUUGAAGAAAAAAGUCUAUUACGUGAAUUAAUUGCCUUCGAAGACGAAAAAUUAGCUCCUGAGGUUGUCGAAACUGAAGAAUUUCAUUUUCAUUAUGCCGCUUCUUCUCAGCCAAGAAUCUAUAAUGAUGUGAUUACUCUUAAACAUUCCGGCAAUUAUAUGGUGAAAGUUACAAUAUCUCACGCCAUUGCUCAAUCUGUCAAAAUGACCUUAUUUGAAGGAUUAAUUGAAGAUACUAUCGAGGCUACAAAACAUAUUCCGAUAACUAUGGCUGAAACGG